AGACAAAUUUAUUAUUUUUUUUAAAUUAGAUAGAUCAAUUAUAAAAAAGAAAAAUAAAAAAAAUUAAUAAUGAUUUGUAACAGUACCGGCUAUGAGGAAAGAUUCACUGGGCUACUCUGAUCGAAUCUGACUGGAGGUUGGAUUGGAACAUCUUGUGGGACACUCGGACUUUCAAAAACAGCCUGGACUACGAUACGAACUUUGUUAGGGUGAUGAUUCUUACUGGAUUCACCAAUAGUAAAUAUCCGAUUUCUAAUGAAAUCUGUUGGGAAGAAGAAGCGGACUUAUGGUACUAAUUUACCUGGACCGUCGAUUGCUUAUAAGUCUACCACUGAAGAAGGUUAUCCUCGGGAAGCUAUUGCUGCGCAGUUACCUCAGAGCGCUCGCUUUUCUUUGAAUUUGCCUUACACUGCUUUUGAACUUGGUCACACAUCAAAUUUCAUUGAAAGAUUGACUAUUGAGGUCACAGGAAAAUACAGCGAGUGGCAACAAAUAAUCCCAAAUUCGCAAAUCAUGGUAUCUCUAACCCAAUAUGCGAAGCAAGCAAAUGGGAAGCUCAAUAAUUCGUAACACAUAGUAAAU